CUCACGAUCUCGACCGUAGAGUCGAGUUCGUUCGUACGACGCGCUAUACGAAAAAUAAGUUUAAAAAAAACAUAAAUAAACAAAACCAGUUUAUGAAACAUUUUCAGAAAUUUUUUUCGUGCCAAAAAAAAAGAAAAUUUUUUUCAUGUAAAAUUAUAUAAUAAUAAUAAUUAAUAUAAUUUUCUUAUUAUUAUUAUUAUUAAUAAUAAAUUAAAAAUACAAAAACUAAAUAUUUUUUAUAAAUGUAAAAAUAAUUUUUUUUUGUUUUGGAAUAUGAAGAAAGCUAAGGAUAAAAUUUUAAAUAAAAUUCCUAUUGUUUACGAUCUCAGUUCAGUGUUUGCUAGUGACGAAUGGGAAAAAUAAAAAUUAACAGGGAUACUAAAAAGAGAUACUUCAAUUUGCAAAAAAAAAAAAAGGGUAGCCUGACAUCGGCAUCUACUUAUCCGUGUGUGUGUUGUGUACGAUGGGAACCUACUCGCCAAAGAUCGUGAUGAAAAGAAAAAGUAAACGAUUGUUAUGUGCGCAAAACGGUAAAGAAAGACGUAAUUGAUGUUACGAUGUGUCCCAGUGAACCCUUGCGGUGGCCCUUAAUAGCUGUACUAGCCGAGACUUUACGAACUGAGGGACUUUAAACGAUUAAGGUGAAUUUUGUGCCCGUGAGGAAAUAAAAAAAAAAAGAAAAAAAGAAAAGAAAAGGAAGGUACAAAAAGUGCCGUCAUGUCAUCAAGUGGUGAAUUCUCGACGCUCUCAAGCGGCGAGGCUACCGGAACUGGUGAAGAUUCCUUACCAAGUUCACGUGAGGCUACCGCAGACGUUGCAAGUUCUGGCGUUGGUUUUAUGCCACUUCGUGAAUUCCUGGACAGAUUUUCCCUGCCAAGAGUCGUGCGAGUCGAAGGCGGCGGUGGCAGGCCUAUUUUGCUCUAUAAACAACAGCAAAGGUCACUCAGGGUCACUGCAACAUUGCUGAUGCACCGUUAUAGGCACGACAUUAAAGUUGGUCCCGAAAUCGUUAUUCCCGAGGGAUAUCCUGGAUGGUUCUCGAUUGUGUCAAGUAAUAGCGGUACUGGAAGUGCACGUGUCUAUCGAAGAGUUGGUGCCCUUGUCAAGGCGGGAGUUCCGGCUUUUCUACUCACCAAACCCCUGAGAGCCUAUACGUUAACGCAUUCAAAAAUGGAAAACGGUAAUCUGAGAGCUCAUUACACGAAGACAACGGUGAGGGCCGGUGAAGUAUUAAGGUUGACUGCCGUUUUUCAAGACACGCGACGAGCUCCAACAACAUCGGGGAUAUCCGGUGUUUCAACUGGUAUAACGGAAGGCAAAAGUUCAAGGUCAUCGGAAAGAGAUCAGUACGCCCAAUGUUUGGAUUCACAUGGACACGAGCUUUUUGCACCUCUAACAACAAGAGGGGAAUUCUAUGCCACCUGUCAAAGCGGAACACUCGACACUGGUAGUGAUGCCGUUCUUUACAGGGUUCAUCAACUCGCAAGAAGGGAUCUUCCAAUUAGGGUUCGUCUUGUGGCUGGUCCACUACCUGUACCUCUUCCUCGCGACUACAGUGGUCUAAUGCAGCUGGAAUCUGCAAACAGAGGACCAAUAGUGUUGGGAUGUGCAGUCCCCUUAGUACCAGAAAGGCCAAUUCCCCACAGCGCUAUUCCCGAACUUCUUGAAUUGGUCGUCAUUGGACCCACAGCGCCACGAGUCAAACGAGCACGUUUAGGAUGUCCCUCCGAAUCACGUCUUCUCUCCUCACCGAAAAUGCAACGACUACUAUCAGCGUGCAGAAGAGCUUUAGAUCAAAGAGCAACGGAACCAAGGGUCGCUACACCACAGGCAACAUCCUGUGGACAACCAGUCAAGGAAUUGCAUCUCAAAGAAAUAAAAUCAAAACCCGAGACAAAACCACUUCUUCAAAGUCUUCGUGAAAGUUUGGAACAUAUUAAAAAAUCAACAAUUCGCGAUCGUAGUCAAACGCGUCAAAAUAAUAAUAGUGGUUUUUUGGAAAAAAUCACAAGAAUAACACACGGUGGUAAAAAUCGUAACCCAGCGAAAAAAUCAGCUUCAUUUACAUUUGCUGUACGUCCAGAAAUUGCAAUGAGAUGUCCCGAGAGAUACGCGAGUCUCGAAUCGGAAGCAAAUUCACUAUUACCAAAUGGUGGAUCAUCAUCAUCAUCAUCAGCGAGGCAUCAGGUGCAAAGGUCAGUGUCCACAAGCGUCCUUGAAGUACAAUCCCAAUCGUCCGAUCUCGAUCCGCCUUACUCCAAGGUCAGAGAUAGUCUCACCCCACAGCCACGAACUCCACCAACGACCAAACCAGAGGCAAUUUAUGCCGAGAUUUGCGAAGAUUCACGCUACUUGAAAAUUCCAUCGCCUUCUUCAAUUGGUGGAAAAAAAGAUCAAGGUUACGUGAAACUAGCUUCGGAAAUUUCUGAUCUUCCCUGUAGCCUUGACGAUGAGGAAGGAAUUUACAAUACCGUGUGUUAAAAAAAAAAUUUUUUUUUUUUUUAAAAUCCAGGAUUUUCAAUAGAAUUCCGUGGUAAUUUUAUUCUCACCUGGAAGGUAUGCAGGAAGAGAAAAUUGUCGACGUCCUUUCCUGUAGGGGUCAAGGUUAGCACGGAAACUUAAGAUUCAAACAUGUAUAUAUAUAUAGAAAGGGCGGCAACUUGUGGGGAUUAAUCAUUGAAUUCGUCACGGUUCAAAGGAUUUCUUCUCUUUUUCUUUUUUAAUCCGCUUCUUGCGUGUCAGUUGUUGCGUGAUGUUUACGGUUGACGCUAAGCGUGUGAUUACUCUUCGUUGGGAUCAAAUCAUUCUUGGAAAAUACAAACGCGCAAAGAAAAUACCUUCGCGAGUUUUUUUUUUUUUUUUUUUUUUGCAAUCCCAGAAAAAAAUAAAUACGAGAAUAUUUUUCUCCAUGUAUAUGUAUAUAAUUGUUUCUAUUUUGUCAUAUGUAAGAAAAGUUUUGCGAAAAAAAAUGUAUUAUAAUAAAAAAAUUGUAUUAUUUACAAAAAAAA